GUGGGAGUGACUGAGGAAGGAGGCAGAGGAAGGAAAUAGGAAACACGCAGGGCACACAAUUAUCUGAGCAGCAAACAAACAGGCAGACGCUGUCUGCUUGAGGGCUUCAACAAGAGGUGGUCAUCCAUGCUAAGCACCGGGAGAAUGGAGGAAUUCGUGACCGAAGAGGAGGAACCGUGGUACGACCAGCAGGACCUGGAGCAGGAUCUCCACUUGGCGGCGGAGCUUGGAAAAACUUUGCUGGAGAGGAACAAGGAGCUGGAGGACUCCCUGCAGCAGAUGUACAUCACUAAUGAGGAGCAAGUGCAGGAGAUUGAGUACCUGUCAAAGCAGCUGGAUGUCCUGCGGGACAUGAAUGAGCAACAUGCUAAAGUGUACGAGCAGCUGGACGGCACUGCCAGAGAACUGGAAAUCACAAACCGCACACUGGUGAUGGACAGCAAGGCCUCCCAGCAAAAGAUAGAAAGGUUGACAGGCACCAUCGAGACGCUGCAGCAGCAGGUGGAGAAUCUCUCUGGACAGGUGGAGCAGCUUCGCUCCAUGGAGCAGCUCCGAGUGAGGCGGGAAAAGAGGGAGCGACGCAAGACCAUCCACUCCUUCCCUUGCCUGAGGGAGCUUUGCACAGCGCCCAGAUAUGAGGAUGGGUUUGUGGUGGGCAGGGCCGAGAGCUUUACUUUGGAUGCGAAGCGGCAGCCUCUCGAAGAAGAGAACGAGCGUCUGAGGGAGGCGGUGUCGGCCCUGAGAUCGGCCGUCCGGGCCGAGAGGGGUCGCAGGGAGGGGGCGGAGAGAGAGUGCCACGUUCUUGUGGGCGAGUUCUCCCGUUUGGAGACGCGGGUGCAGGAUGCCGAGAGCUGCCAGGUGAGGGUGCGGGAGCUGGAGGUGGAGCUCCAGGAGCUGCAGCAGCUACGUCGCGCCCGGGCUUUCCUGCUGAACAGCGAGGACGACGGCGUGGCUCUCACCCAGACUCUGCUCAACAGCACCCCGGAGACGGACACUUUCCUGGAUGGGGAUGCGGGAGACACAGGCGGAGGCGUGAGGGAGGAGACAGAGGGGGGAGGCGGUGUGGGAGGAGAGGCCCUCCCCGCGUCCAGCCCGGUGAGGAAGAGCUGCAGCGACACGGCGCUCAACGCCAUCGUAGCCCGGGACGCGUCCGGCCGCAGGAGGGGCAGCUACGCCCUGCAUGCCAACAGCGUGAGGAAGAGAGGGAUGUCCAUCCUCAGGGAAGUGGACGAGCAGUACCACGCCUUACUGGAGAAAUACGAGGAGCUGCUAGGGAAGUGCCGGCGCCACGAGGAGAGCCUGUGUCAUGCCGGCGUGCAGACGUCCCGACCCGUCUCACGAGACCCCUCCAUGAAAGACUGUGCCAUGGGCCCCACCCCGGCGCCUCCGCCCACCCCCACCCAGUCGCCCUCCACGCCUGAGGCCAUCGAAAGCAUCAGCAAACAGGUGGAGGCUGUGGACAAGCGGCUGGGACAGAACACUCCAGAGUACAAAGCUCUUUUUAAGGAGAUCUUCUCUCGUAUCCAGAAGACCAAGACGGACAUCAAAGCCUCCAAAGCCGCUAAAGCGAGCAAACACGGGAAGUCUGGCAAAUCUAGUAAACAAUAAUGGUAACCGGUCAGGUGUAGAGCGUAUGAUUAUGUGCUUUUUCAGUGUUCAGUGCUUGAGAUUAUGAACAGGGGUUCACUCUGGCCCCUGUCUGAUACAAAGCACUCUCAUGUCUGUUGCAAAAGUACCCCGUAACUUUAAGUUCACUUCAGCCUCGCAGUCAAAUUAGAAAGCAGACGUUUCAUCCAUAAGUGAAACCUUCCAGCAUACAGUAAAAUCUGCUCUGCAUGAUAUUAACUCAGUGGAAUUCAGGCAUAUCUAUAAAACAUGACAAUGGAUUUCUAACUGUAUUUCAUUUGACCCAUCUUCUCUUAUUUAGUGUUCCUAUUAAACCUGUACUGUCCUCACUGUCUAACUUUGCCUAAGAGAUAUAAACACCUUCUGUAAUCCAUACUGCAGUUCUGAUACAUCAGACAGCAACAUGUCUCUUGUAAUAGUCUUGCCGAGUGCACUCAGCAUUAAAGCUUCACAUCAGAAAACUGUAUCUAUGAGAAGAACAUGAACUGAACUCUUCAGUCUCAUAUUACAAAAUAGGAAUAUGACCUGUGGAGCUCAGCAUCGUGGAUCUUUCUGUGAUAUCGUCCGUCCAGUUAGACGGGACGUUGAUUCUAUCCUCAGUGCUCUCUGUCUCAAGAAUGAACUUGAGGUGCUAAUAAUUCCUGUACCAGUAUAUCACUAUAUAUUAAUUAAUAUUCUAUUUUAAAUCAAAAUAAGCCUUUUGCCUGGAGGACAUUGCUUCUACCUUGCACUGCUCUGUGUGUAUGACCUUAGUACUGUAUUUUAUACUGUAGGGAUGCCUCACACCAUCGCCCAGAGAUUUAACCCCAGUGCUUACCUGCUUUCUGUCCAACUCAGUGCGCACAGGCAAUUGGAUAUCAAGCAACAAAGGGACCCGCACUCUUGUUUAUGUAGAUCCAAGGGUGGUUUUCACUUUUCAGUAAAAUACCUUAUCCUUCCACUGUGAUUCUUAGUGUCGUCGCACCUCAAGAUAUUGCUCUUAGAAAGAGGAGGCAUCAUUAUUGGUUUAGAACAGUGAGCAAUAUCUAUAUAAUUGAAGAUUUUACAUGCAAACUUAAAGUGAAAUAUGAUGCCCACCUAGUAGAAGCCACCCUGCGCCUUCUUUUCUUUUUAGAUAUGCUUGGAUUUGGUCAUGCGGAGGGUGAGGGAAUGAUACAACGUGCUAAAUGCUAAAAAGCUGCUGCCUACUCUUAGUGACAAGAUGCAAAAGACAAUCUGCAGAUUGUUGUCUCCUUGUUUCCUGGGCAUUAUGAACACUACACAUUAUGAUACAGUAUAUCAAACUGCUAAAGGCUGUGAAAUAGACGUGUUGCUUGGUUAAGUAAAAUGUAAUGUUGUUGAAUGUUUGUAUUUAUACCAUAUCUAUGAUAUAAGCAAUUUUUGGGUUGUUGAGAAAGAGGUUGCUCUGUUGUCUCACCUUCUCUAACAAACCAAGAAAGUAAAAAACAAAAUAUAACAUGCAUAACUGUGAUUGUGAUAGUAAAAACUGAGACCUGCGGAACCCUAAAGGAGAAUAGCUUGAACAUGUAUGUCCAUAAAAACAUACAGGGACAUGGAUACUUGUAAAAGAAAAUGAGUGCGCAUGGUAAAAACGCUUAUGUUACAAUAAGUCAAAUAAUCGUGGGAGCAUUUCUUUCAUAAAGUGUUGAGUCUAUUUUUCUUUUGUUAUAGCUAAACCAAUGUGUAUGUUAACUGUCACAAGUAGAAGACUUCAACGUAGGCCUUUGUCUAACAAGAGCAAUCUACCAAACUAUAAAACUAACAAACCUGCAACCGUAUUGCACCUUUUUCACAGUAUACAAUACCUAUGCCUUUUCUUGGGUAACUUCCUAUAUAAACCUUUGUUAUAAUGAAUGUUCUAGCAUAGCUAAUAUUUUAUAUCUGAUUCAUAAGUAACUCAAAGUGGAAGACAUAACCAAGCUUGAAACCUUACAUUUGUGGAACUGACGACAAUACACUCGUGAUCAGUGCUGUUGUGAGUUGUGACUAAAACCUGUGUAGGAUCAUAGGAUGGAUGUUCAUCUGCAAGCUGGUACUGAAAUCAGAGAGGAAUCUUGUUGCCUUCUCAUAAACUAGUGGUAAACUGUCAGUCCUAGAAAAGGUCGCUCUUGUUUGUGGUGUGCAAAGUGCAUUUGAGGCCAAUAUGGCCAAUGACAUGGCUGGUUGAGUGAUUCAAGCUGUUGACAGGAAGAAGGGAGUAAAAUCUGUUUUUGUAGAGGAAAACGAUGCCAAACCCAGAGCCUAACAUCAGUCUUUUGGAGGCUCACAAGGUUUCUGUACUGUAAUAUGUCUUAUCUAUUGCACUUGAAAAUUGUUUUGACGCCUCAAUUUUUUCAUAUUUAGGAUAGCUAAUAUUUAUUUGUGUGUGUGAAUGUUAAUGUCUUCUACUUUUUGUUUUUGUGCCUAAAUGUGAAUGUCACUAACAUAUCGUCAGAGUAAACCUAUUUCAUUUGCUUUGCUUUCAUCAUCCAGUUUAAAUGUGUGUAUUAUUAGUUACUGGCAUUAAAGAUUAGUCUGGUAUUAGUUCACAUCCUUACUGAACUAAAAAAUAUAUUUACCAAGUUAAUAAAGCAUUGAUAUAAAGCCUC